AUCCCAUGCUUGCAUGUUCUUCGCCCUUUAAUUCACUACAUAUAGAUAUAGAUAGAUAGAUAGAUACUUUCUGCAAUGAUCGAGAUCGAUCGAUCCAUGCUACUUGCUGCUACUUUGCUUGCAUUGCUAUAUAUAUGAGCGAGCACACACCCUUAUCGUCUGCGUCCAUAUAUAAGCUAAGAUCCAUCCAUCGAAUAGGAAGAAUGGCGAAGAGAUCGACGACGAGCGGCGGUCGGCUCACCUGCGACGCCGCCGCAGCUUACGUGAUGAUGGCCAUUAUUCUUGUGCUGCAACUCAUGCAGGCCGCCGCCGGCACCAGCAGCAUGCACCACCUGCACCUGUUCAUGCACGACGGGUACACGGGCCCCCGCCCCACGGCGGUGCUGAUCGUCAACGGCACGGGCGCGCCGGUGAUGUCCGGCGUGCGCUUCGGCGACACGGUGGUGAUGGACGACGUGCUCACGGAGGGCCCCAGCCGCGCGUCCCGGCCGGUGGGGCGCGCGCAGGGCACCUACGUCACCGCGUCGCUGGAGAAGGGCCGCCCGGCGAUGCUGCUCUCCAUGAACGUCGUGCUCACCGACUACGACGGCUACAACGGCAGCACCGUCGCGGUGACGGGCCGGAACGACAUCACGGCGCCCGUGCGCGAGCUCGCCGUGGUCGGCGGCACGGGGAGGUUCCGCAUGGCCACGGGCUACGUGCUCUGGAAGACGGCGAGCUGGAAGGGCAAGAACGCCGUCCUCGAGCUCGACAUCUACCUGCGCGUCGUCGACGACUGAUCUCAUGAUAUUCUCAUCUACGUAUACCUGCGUAUGUAUCACUGUGUUAAUUGCUACGGAGUAAUCAGCAGCAGCAGCUAGCCAGAAUAAAACUACUCGAUCGCGGUGUUACACUACUGCACGGACUCGAUCGAUCACCGGUUUAUUAUUAGUUACUUUUGUUUGUUCGAUCUCUUUCUCGAGAUCGAAUUACAUAUGCACUGUGUGUCCAUGCCUCAAGUUUGAUGAAUGCAUGGCUGAAUUAUUAUA